UUGGGGACAUUCCUCCUGACUCCUGUCUGUUUUAAACUUGAGCGCAGAUAGAAAACGAACGAGUGCAGAGCGCCUUGCGUCUGUCAGGGAGGCGUUGACUUGUGCCGUUUAGGAAAAGACUCUGAGAGAUGUUGUGGUGCCGACCUUCUCUAUGAAACAUUGGGAAACUUUGAGCAACCAGCGCAGAGCUCCGCGCACUGACGAGUGGGACUUGGAGGAAGAGACGCUGGCGAAGAUGGGACAUUUUAACUAAGAGCACUGUGGCUAGGAAGUGUCAUGGCUGUAGAUGCUGCCUCCAGUUUUAGUUUCUGUAGACCCGCGGUGGAGUACAGGGCCCUGCCAGAGGACUUCAAACUGCUGUUGACUCGGCGCACAGGGGGAAACCUCACCUGGCAUGAUGGGCGGGGGAAAGCAGGAAACAGGCCAGUGAAGCUACUGCAGCAGCCUGGCACAGAGGCCCGUCAGUACCACACCAGUGAUAAUUAUGGGAUCUACAACACAAGUCCGACACAGCCCAGCCUGAUGCGGCCCGUGGUGCUCUGGACUCAGCAGGAUGUUUGUAAAUGGUUGAAGAAACACUGUCCACACAACUACCUUACCUACGUGGAGGCUUUCUCCCAGCAUGCCAUAACAGGCCGUGCUUUGCUACGUCUGAAUGGGGAGAAGCUCCAAAGGAUGGGGCUGGUGCAGGAGACACUCAGACAGGAGCUACUGCAACAGGUCCUACAGCUGCAGGUCCAAGAGGAGGGACGCAACUUGCAACUCCUCAGCAGAACUUCGUUUGGUAACAUAUCAUAGCGUUUGGAUAAACAACCUUAUCUGCUGCUUGAACAAGACUGAAAUUCCUGAAUAUUUACCGAAAUGUGAACCUGAUUUGUUGGACGGAUGCCUUCAGCAAAAUCAAAGGACAUUUGCACAUUAAAUAAUGCAUUGGAUGACUGUCCUGCACAAGAAAUAACAGGUUGAAAAUGGCAAAAAGGACAGACUCAAGAGACUGUAAAAGACAAUCUAGUUUAUACCUUUUCAUUGUAAAUGUUUUAAAUUUUGUCUCUAAUAAUUAUGUUUUUAUGUCACAAAAGAAAUACAUAAAGUCUGUGCAAUUCAA